AGCUUGAAGAACUCGCUCUCACGCCCCACGUCGCGCCCGCGCGCCAGCGCGCAUCCGCGCGCGGCCUCAUGGCGGCCACACUGCUACGGCGGGUGCCGAACCUGUGCCGGGACGCCGCGCACUUCAGCAAGCAAGCUGAUGCUCGACUCCGGAGGGCCUUGGACGAUUUGGAGGCCGCGCAGCCGAAGCUGGAGGAGUCCGAAGCACAGAUUAAUGAUCUCCUCCAUGGGCAGGUGAUGAAGGUCCGCUUUGCCUUGCCACGCUUGGAGCCCGAGAGCUUCCAAGAGGUGCUCGCCCAGGUGGAUCAGUACAAGGAUGCGCACUUGCAGCUGCGGCAGGCGCGCACCAGUAGCUUGCUGGAAGGCGAAGCGAACUCCAGAUCCAUGGCUGAUGGAGCUGACCUUCAGGAGGAGCUUCGGGGCGUGGUGCGGUCGAUGCGGGAGAUGGGCUUCGCCUCGGCGAUGUCUUUGGCAGUGCUGAUGGCCUUGUCUUACAGUUCGAUGGAUCUACGCGUGGCCAGCCUGAUCAGUGGCAUCUUCAGCAUGUUGGUCCAGUUUGUAGCCUUUGCACAGACCUGGUCGAAGCAGGUGAGUUGGAUGUUCCAGGCCUUCAACGGAGCGACCAGCCGCAUGAUUUCCACACUCGACGAGCCAGUAGCUCGCUAUGGGCAGAAAGUGGCACAGCCCUUGGAAGCCUUGGAGUCGGCCAUCGAUCGCCUGGACAUGGAGCAAGCUUUGGUGAUGAAGCGCAUGAAGGAGUUCGAGGGCCAGGUGCGCGAAGCGAUCCCCGACUUCGAUGUGCCCUCCGUGGAAGAGAUGCGAGAGCCGAUCGUCGAUUGUCAUGGGCAGAUCGGCAGCUUCUUAGAGGAGACGAAGGGCGCUCUUCCUGAAGAGCUUCAGGAACUAAUCGGCAGGCAUCCAAUGGGGAAGCUGGUGUGGCAACGCGCGAGCUUCGAAUGCCGAUUUGUGCAUUUCCCUUUGAUCUUGGUCUUCCUGCUGAACUUGGGUCUCUUGAUUCUUUGUCAGGUCGCCGUGUGCCACGCGAUGGAGCACCCGGUCGCAACGGUGACCACACAGCCCAAUGCCUUGGUUCGAGAAUGGCAGGAGCAGUUCCCUCAGAUCAAAUUCACCGUCGAGAACGCUGGUCCCGGCAGACCUGCAACACCUGCUCCCACCAGCGGCUGGGCGACGGUCCUGUGGCCCUUGCCCUGUUUGCUGCAAGUGCUUAGCAGUGCCCUGGAGCUGCUCGCAGGUCUCUAUUUCACCCGCGCCUCGCGGCUACUUCUGCUUGUGGGCAACAUCACCCAUGACUUGGAGAAGGGCUGCAACGCCUGGAUCGAGAAGCACCGCCGGGGCAUCAGCGCCGAGGUCUUUGGAACCUUCGGCCAGGUGCAUAAGCGUGCGGAGCGUUUCUUCCCUAUCUUCCGGCUGCGGAUGGGGCAGCUGCGCUCCUUUUUGCUGACUGGCGCCAAGGCCGAGAAGGCCAAUGGCGUGUUCGGCCGAGCCGGCUCCCUCUUCCCGGAAAACUGAGCGAGACGAGCGAGACGCCUGGCGAUGGCUGGUCCGAAUCGUCAAAGAGGAUAGGAGUGCAAAAAUGCAGCCAGAUGCGCAAAGUUGGGGUGAUAUCACCGUGCUAUUUGAAUAGCAACCAGAUUGAUUGCAACACGUCAAGCAGCUCGGUAGUCGAGCAGAGGUUCGGUAACUGGACAGGUCAAGCUUCUUGGGGACAAAAAGGGUCGCUUCGACGUCGGAGAUUGAUCUGGGACAGAUGAGCCGAACUUUCCGACUUCUGGUGGGGAAAUGGCUCGUGCAUGGUUCAGUUUCUUGAUUGAAGAAUCUGCCGCCUCCUAGUUUCCCGACGGCAUAGGUGUUUUUUUCCCUAUCUUCCAGGAUGCCAUUCAGAUCCCGCAAGGUUCUUGGAUCUCGCAAGGUCCUUGUCAGACCCCGCCAGGUUCUCGAUGCCUUGCAUGUUCUUCCCCUCGAUCACGAUCCUGUCCCGCCGCUCCGGGCCGAGUCGCCUGCGUUGAAUGCGCUCCGGGCUGCGGCGGCCACAAGAGCACCAAGCGCGAGCACUCGCGCCGCGAGCGCCAGAGUUGGUGGGCGCUUUGUGUUCAAUGCUUUUGCGCCAAGUGGCGACGU